GCACGUGCUGCCCUGUUUUUGUUGCCUGGUCGUAUUCUCGCUGGCGGAGGACGAACGCCGUAAGCCUCAAACUCACCUGCACCUGCCCUGCUUCCUUGUUCCUCCUCACCAACCCUGCAACAAACCCUAGCUCUCUUCCUCUUGCUGCUGCCGCCGUCUACUCUUGGCUUCAGCGAGAGACACCGAGAAAAGUUCAGAAAAUUCAGAGUUUUCAGCUACAGAGUUUCGCCUCAGAAGGAUGCCGCCGCGCCGUCGAUCCUCGCCGUCGUUCCUCGCCGCCGUUCGCCGUACUGAGCGCGGGGAUGGAGCCCCCGUGGCCUGGUCUUCCUCCUCGCUAAGUUCACGGAGCUGGAGCAGCUCCAGGACGUCUCCUUCGACCUCGUCUUCUUCCCGGAGCCAGCACGUCUUCUUCCUCAUCUCCGACGACCCCGACGUCCUCGAGCUCACCCACUUCGCCAUCAAGCCCAGGACGCCGGUACCGAGGAGUGCCACGAGGAGUUUGCGUGCUACCCUGAGGAGGAUAUCGCUUGUGCCUCUACCGCUGAUCCUGCAGCAACCAUUGGCCCGACUUGCAGGUACGUUUCCUUGCGAGUAUCCGACAGGAGGUUACUACGUGGAGUACGAUGAUGAGGAUGUUUCCGGUCCGCAGUGAGAGUUCCUUAGCGACGACUCGAGAUCCGUGGAUAUGGGCAUCGUCUGAUUUAUGUUCUUGGCAUCUUAUGCCCAUUUUGCAUCUUGUCUGUACUCAGACGCUUUAUUCGCUUCCGCAUGAUGUAUGAUGUAUUGUUGGGAUAUGUAUCCAAUGAGUGUCAUUUGUUA